CUCGCUUUGGGGGGUGGCUUGUGGUAGUCCACUCCGGAAAUUUACUUCUCUUUUGAGGCCCCCACAGCCAUGGAGACUGCUCCCCUGACCUUGGCUCAUACCCACGCUCGCAAUGCAGUUCUCGAGACUCGCAAGUCGAACCCCGUAGCAGCCAGCGAGGAACAUGAUCUUGCUGCGGGAGAAUUUGCCACUGCAGCCCAGAAUAGCUCGGAUAAAGAGGCUCUGCGGACCCUCCACCUGCUCGAACAACAUCACAAAAAGCUGGCACAGAUCCUCCGUUUUCAACAUGAGAAUCCUCAAAGCAAUGCAGGCCCCGGCGCAGCUGCCCAGCUGUCUACAGAAUCCGGGGCGAGAGCAUCCACCUCCACUGAUCCCCAGCAUAUCCCGCGGCUAUCUGGACACCCUCGUCUACCGUCGAGAGAGUCAUCCUCCAUCGCCAGCAACCUAGCAUCCGCACGAGGAAUCCCCGCGCACCGUGCCUCUCCGGCAUCGCCAACAAUCGCUCCCCAGCAAGCCGGGGCCAAGAUGACCGACGGCCCAAGCAAGAUCCGAACAAGCGAGUCCCGACUACGAGGCACCGCACAGAUGCAAGGGAUGAGGGAGCGUGAGCGCGAGCGCGAGCGCCACCGCACAUCAACUUCCGCUCGACAACCCUGGAUCCCGCCAACACCCAGCCCAACGGACGUCACCUCACAGCAGUACGCGCCAGCGGAGCCCUCGGAGCCAUCCCGCCCACGAGCCUCCCUCACCGAGGAACCCUUCCAAAAGUUCUACUCGACCUUUGAAGGCCUUAUCUCCAAGAUCUCCGCACCCCUAGCCUUCGCGGGCCUUCCUCUAGGCAGCGACCCAUCCUCGCAACCCUCAACAAGCCGCAAAUCCGCCCCGGACACCAAAACCGACCGCUACAACGCCGUCCCGGACCGCUCCGCCGAACCAGACAUCAACAAGCUCUUCUCCCGCGCCGCCCUCCAAGCCAUCAAAGACAACACCGGUGGCGCGAGCGGCGGAACCGGCAGCGCCGCCGAAUCCUUCUACGUGGUCCCCACAACCGGUGGCACCGUCUCCUACGCAGGGAUCCUGACACGGGCCGAAAAAGAAGCCCGAAGAAGCAGCUUCGAAGACGGAGCCGACGAAGACUUCGUCGACGCCCGCGAGACCCCUCCAUCCCCGGAACUCCGCCAGAGCCUCUCUGGCGCAGCAGCAGCACCGAUGGGCAGCAAAGCAUCCCGCACCCCCACCAGUCAGAGCGAGAAAUUCUCCCGACUCACCCAAAACCCCAAAACCAUGGAAGAGCUUCAAAUGGAGAACCAAGCCCUCCGCCAUCUCUCAGACACUCUCUCCAAGCGGCUACACAUGUGGGAAGUCAACGCCCAAUCAAGUUCCAUGGCGCUGCAACAAUCCCUGCGAGCAAUGCAUCAUACUCAGAAUGUCCCAUCCUCAGACCCUCAUAACCAAUCGCAAGUUCCUUCCCCGGUUGCGACUACCGGUGGCGCCGGCAUCUCAUCUCCCCCAGUCCCAGCAACAGACUACGACCAGCGCAUCAAAGAACUUGAGGAAAUGGUCCGUCGCGGCGAGAAAGAACUGGGUAAAGUCGGCCGCGAGAACGACAAGCUCCGCGAUGUGCUGGGGAGGUACAGAGAGCGAUGGGAGAAGUUAAAGGAGGGAGCGAAAUCGAGACGUGCAGGUGCAGCUGGUGCUGCCACUACGUCUGCUGGCGGUAGUAGUGCUACUGCUCGACCAGGUAGCAGUAGCAGACGAUCGAGCACGCAGCAGGGAGUAGUAGUGGAUACAGAGGACGGGUCAUCGAAAGCGGGGGGUGGGGACACAACAACAACAACGACCACGGAAAAUGCAGACACUUCGAAUGGUGAGCGGGAGGGGUCUGAUUAAUUAUCUUACCCUAUCUUUACGACUAUUCUUAUUCCUGGGAUGAAUAUCUCUAUAUGAACUACUUAUAUACUAUGUCCUAUCAUUAUUAGCCAAAAGCAAGCAAGCACACGAAGUGAAAUGAU